AUGGUUGGUGUUUUCCGGCGCUCGCUCUCUUUCCCAAACAAAAAUCCGAACCGUCCAUCACAAAAACCACACAUAUCCCACCACAUCAGGUCCAUCAGUCUUCCCUGCAGAUCUCACCCUCUGAUCUCCGAGAUCAAGGACGAGAUCAGCGACCUCACCAAGUGGGCCUCCACUUCCAAGGCCCAACAACAAACUUCCACGACCCUCUCCCAAGGCUUGACCCUCCUCAAGGACACCCACGAGACCCUUCAAGACAUCCUCAACCUCCCUCAGACUCUAGAAUCCCUCCGAAGCCACCCUCUUUGGCUCGAGAACCUUCUAGAAGAUUUCCUCCGCUUCGUCGACGCCUACGGAAUGUUCCAAACAUCCGUCAUGGCUCUCAAGGAAGAGCACUCCUCUGCUCAGAUGGCCAUAAGAAAACGCGACGACUCCAAGGUUGUAGCCUACCUAAAAGCUAAGAAUAAGAUAUCAAAAGAAAUAGAAAAACUCGUGUCUGUUCUCCGAUGUGUCAGCGUUGCCCAACACCAACAACAUUGCUCGCUGCAGGCUCCAACGUCCGUUGUGGACGCUGAACUGAGACACGUCGUCGCCGAUGUUAUGUCCGUGACGGUUUCCGCUUCCGUUGCGCUGUUUAACGGGAUGGCAGUGUCGUUCGCGUCACGAAGGUUGUCGUGGGCGCAAAUGGUGAAGUUGUCGAGAAAGGGUGGGAGGCUGAACAAGGACCGUGACGGCAUUGAAGAGCUUCGGGAACGGGAUGUAGUUGAAAUGGAAAAUCUUCGGAAUCUGAAGAAGAAGGGUGAUGAAGAGGUGAGGUUGGUUCUGAAGAAAAUGCGAGAUUUGGAGGAAUGUCUCUGCUCCAUUGAAAGUGUUACGGAGAAAGUGUUGAGGGCUUUGAUAAACUCUCGGGUGGCACUGCUCAACAUUCUUACUCUUACACAGUAG